GGUGAGGGGCACGACUAGCACAAGAACUGAACAGGGCUCUGCCUUGGGUUCUGAAGUGUGUAAUUGCGCCGAACAGGCCGUGGUGGCGUCUUGAAAACCCAGAUUUCAUCUUGGCUGCGGCUGCCUCUACAGUAUACACCAUUAUUUUCAGCCGCUUAGGGAUGAUGUAGAUGGGCCAGCUGGGCUGGCUAAUGCCCCGUUGGCCACCAUUGGGGUGUCUCCGGUCAACCGAGAUCAUCAGAGUGUCACUCUUGUGGUCAAGGUAGUGCACACCAAACGACGAUCGAGAGGCAUGGCGGCAUGGAAGCAUGGCAGAGGGGGACCAGUCGUCACGGAGUAUCGGUCUUUGUUCCACGCCAACCCAACCCACCCCUGAGAUCCCCCAUUCAAACGAGCUGCGCCCAGCGAUCAGCCAUGCCGGAGCAGUAACACCCGGGAUGGAACCUCCCAUCGGCGCGAGUGCAACGACGCAGGCAAGGAGAGAUCAACUUGCGACGCGCAUGUUUCCUGGACCUGUCCGGACACUUUGUUGUCAACGGCCGGGAAGUUGUCCUACUGCUUCAUUGUCCAGCCGUCGCUUUCCCGGCUGGCUUUCGGUGCUUACGCGGUCAACGGAGGUAACGGUAGAGUGGCGGCGGAGACACACCCACGGAGCAUUGGCAACUUGCAAAAGUAGGAGCCCCUGUGCCCCUCUCGGGGGGCAAGUCUACGGAGUACAAGCCGCCCAUGAUGAAGCAAGUUUCUAUCAGCAGCAAGAUUUCAGUAGUCAUCCUCAUCCAACAAGGACGAUUCCUGACUGAGGAGAGUUUAGCCUUACGGUCCCCCUUGCAGGCACCACGCUCACGGCAUUGGGUUCGCAAUGGCGUCGCACCAGGUGGGAAACGGCUCGUCGAUGGCCUCCCAGACGGACGAGCGCAUCCCAUCCGCCCCUGGGCCUCCGUGUGCGUCCCAUGGGUUACGCGUGCUCCUCGCCGGGCCACAGCCAAUAGCCGGCGGUGCCCCGGCCGGAGGAAUUG